AUGAUGCAAAGCGCCAUUCCUGUGUUGAUAUACCAUCUGUUUCCCGUUUGUGGUUUCCUUCGGCCUUCAGGUAUGACAAUGGCAGAACCGGAGAAUCAUGGAAACUGGCUUGUCUGUGCAAUGACCAUUGUAUGGGCUUGGUCGACGUUGAUUUUCUUCGUUCGUGUUUGGGCGAAAGUAACUGCCAAACGCUGGGGUGCUGAAGACUAUACAGUAUCCGUUGCAUUUUUGGUAUCGACAAUGGAUAUUGUGGCGAUCAUGUCAGCAAUUCAUCGAGGAUACGGUCUGCCGAUGGACCUAAUUGCACGAGAGGAUCAACUUUCUCUCUACGCCGGUCAGCAGCUCUAUAUCUUCAUCUCGGGACUUUCCAAGGUAUCUACGGCACUCUUUGUCAUACAUUUGGCGUAUUCGGGUCCCCAAAAUAGACCAGGUUAUGUGCUGGUUGGGGUCUCCGCGAUAUGGACAAUCGGCUCUAUGCUUGUCAUCGCCUUGAGAGGCGACCCGCGUCGUCCAUGGCAAACGCUAGUUGGAACGAAAACUAUGUAUUUCCGAUGGAUCGUCGUAGAGACUACCGGUCUCAUUGUUGAGAUUAUGUUGGUCCUACUGUCCGUAAGCCUCGUCGGCAGCUUGCAACUAAAGGCACAAAAACGCCUUGUCAUUUUGUCUGCUUUCGCUGCUCGCUUAUUGCUGAUUCCCCUCGUUGCCGUACGACUCUGGUUACUCUCUCCAGGCGUGAACACGGGUUCGACAGACACGAGCAUUGCACCAAGCAUAAUCACUCAAUUCACGCUGCAUUUCUCUGUCCUGUCCGCAUCCAUCACAUCGCUUCGCCCGUUUUUGCGGACAUUUCAUAUGGACUACAAAUGGGACAGCAAAGUGACGUCAAAGCGCAAUUACUCUUCAACCGGCUAUACGACAACAGGGUCCUCAUCAAAAAAUGUAUAUGGAACCUCGUUACAGAGUGGUCGGGCCGAUAGACAAUGGGCGGACGACUUCACGGAUCCUUCCGGGACACACGCCCGAUUCAUGAACAGGCCAUCGACAGGAGGCACCGCAAGAAACAUCGACGGCCUAUUAGCGUGGAAACAUGUCGACGAGAUCCAAACGCGCCCGUCGUUCCCGGCAAAAACAAUGGUUAUUCAGAAGACGGUGGAUUGGACAGUGGAGUACGAGCUAAAUACAAAUGCUCAUACUCCAUAG